AAGCGCUCCCCUCUCUUCCUCAGCGCUGGUUUCUCGAGUUGCUGUCCGGUUGCGUUAAGUGCGUCAUUAGGUUAACAUGGCGAGUACAGUGGUGAAGAAGUGUCUCAGUCCUCUGUCUUUAAUCACUCGGAGGCUUUCAGCUCCUGAAUUCAUCACUCAGUGCUGCUACCACAAGAAGGUGGUGGAUCAUUAUGAGAACCCAAGAAAUGUGGGAUCACUGGACAAAAACUCCAAGAAAGUUGGAACUGGCUUGGUGGGGGCCCCGGCUUGUGGAGAUGUAAUGAAGCUUCAGAUUGAGGUGGAUGACCAAGGGAAGAUUGUGGAUGCUAGGUUCAAAACCUUUGGCUGCGGCUCUGCCAUCGCUUCCAGCUCUCUGGCAACUGAGUGGGUGAAAGGCAAAACGCUGGAUGAGGCUCUGGAGAUAAAGAACACCGAUAUUGCCAAGGAGCUCAGUCUUCCCCCUGUUAAACUGCACUGCUCCAUGCUUGCAGAGGAUGCCAUCAAAGCGGCCCUUGCAGACUAUCGCCUCAAGCAACACGACGACCAGCAGGAGGCAGUCAGAGCCAGCAACUAAACAGAGCACUCCUACUUUGAGCAGGAUGCCGGCUGCUUCCUGUUCAAAACAAGUAAAAUAGCAACAGUCCCCUAUUUCUGUUUCAUUUUCCAGCAGUAAUAAUGAUAAACACACGCUGGUCAACCCCUUAUAGAACUGUUACACAAGGCUUUCUGUGUUAGUCUUUGGUCCUCUUACCUCGUCUCUGCAUGUUUUAGCCUGUCAUGUAAACGCACAAUGUACUAUUUGGGUUGGUGGUACAAAGCUGAGCCUUAAGCUUUUUGAGAUUACGUUUGGUUUUCAGAUCGUGUUCCGGCGGAGUGUUUAUUUUGAAAGUUGUGAUGGAGAUCUAUGCAGAAGGCUUCACUGACUGAUUUUACAAUUAAGUGGAUUGAAAUGGUAAAAAAGGGGCUCCAGUAGUUUUAAGUGUAAUAUAUUAUGUUCAUAAAUGCUUCCUGAAAGCCUGUAAUAAAAAUAUUUUGCAUCAUGAA